AAUAAAUUGGUACCUCUGAAAAAUGACAAGUAGUUAAAGUCAAUACAAAUGACAAGCAGGAAUUAGCUAGCUGAAAUAAUAAAAUUGUUCUUGAUUUAGAAAAAAAUAAAAUUAAGUAAAAUGGUUUUGGAAAGCACGAUGAUAUGUUUCGACAAUAGCGAUUAUCAAAGAAAUGGAGACUACUUUCCAACACGAUUAAAUGCGCAAAAAGAUGGAAUAAAUUUAGUUUGUCUGACAAAAGUUCGUUCAAAUCCUGAAAAUAAUGUUGGCCUUCUAACGUUAGCGAAUACGGUGGAAGUGUUAGCAACUCUUACUAGUGAUGUUGGAAGAGUUUUCUCAAAAAUGCACCUAGUUCAACCAAAAGGUGAAAUUAAUUUAUUGACUGGUAUUAGGAUUGCUCAUCUCGUUCUUAAACAUCGACAAGGGAAAAAUCAUAAGAUGCGAAUUGUAGUUUUUGUGGGAUCUCCAGUAAUUAACGAAGAAGCUGAUUUAGUGAAGCUAGCAAAACGUUUAAAAAAAGAAAAAGUUAAUGUUGAUAUUGUAUGUUUUGGGGAUCAUGAAAAAAAUAAUGAUGUAUUAAAUGCUUUCAUCAAUGCUUUAAAUGGUAAAGAUGGAACGGGUUCUCAUUUGGUCAGCGUUCCACGCGGUUCUGUUCUAUCAGACGCCCUUUUAUCUUCUCCAAUAAUCCAAGGAGAAGAUGGUUUGGGUGGGGCUGGAUUAAGUGGAGCUGGUUUUGAGUUUGGAGUCGAUCCAAACGAAGACCCAGAGUUAGCUCUAGCCUUGCGUGUGUCAAUGGAAGAACAGCGGCAUCGACAAGAAGAGGAACAACGACGUGCUCUUGCUGCUUCUAAUGCUAAUGGAACUGCAGUGGAAAAUAUCGUGGAAAAUGCCCAAGAAAAUGCAGAACCUGCUGAACCUAACUCUGAAGAAGCUAUGCUACAAAGGGCGCUAGCUUUGUCGACUGAAACCCCCGCUGAAGAUAAUAUGCCAGAUUUCGCCAAUAUGACUGAGGAAGAGCAAAUUGCGUUUGCUAUGCAAAUGUCUAUGCAAGAUGCACAAGAAUCCGUUACUCAUCAAGCAAAAAGACCAAAAACAGAAGAAAGUGCUCCAAUGGAAGUAGACGAAGACUAUUCGGAAGUAAUUGGAGACCCGGCCUUUCUGCAAAGUGUUUUAGAAAAUCUUCCAGGCGUAGAUCCACAAUCUGAAACAAUACGUGAUGCAGUUGGAUCUUUAAAUAAGGACAAAAAGGAUAAAAAACCCGGUGAAGGCAGCAAAAAAGAUUAAAUGAUAAUUUUCAAAUUCAAAAAGAUUUUUGGAAUCCAACCGAAUGACAUCUAGAAAAUUAUUAUUUUUUGGUGAAUUAACCACAUUUUGUGUAAUAUGCACUCAUCAUCCAUAUUAAAAUAUUACAUUUAAUUAAAUGAUUUUCGUAAAAAUUUA